AUGGCCAACUCCAAACCAAACUUCUUUGCAACUCAAACCAUCUUCUCUCUUUUCCUUUUAACCUUUCUCUUGUCAAUCACCAAUGUCAAGUCAGAAUCAUUUUCUUUCAGCUUCCCCAAGUUUGACAAUGUUUCCGAUACCAUAGCCCUCGGCGGUGAUGCCAAAAUAAUUGGUGGAGUACUACAACUCAAUAAAAAAGACCAACUUGGAAAACCAUCUCCACAUAGUUUUGGUCUUUCGGCAUUCUCUGAAGCUAUUCGUCUCUCAGACAAAAUAGGUGGUAAAGUUGCUGACUUUACUACAGAAUUUUCUUUUGUUGUGGACCCAAAAGGUUCACUACUUCAUGGAGAUGGUUUCACUUUCUUUAUUGCAUCAGUUGGUUAUGAGUUUCCAGACAAUUCAUCGUCAGAGGGUGGAUUCCUAGGACUAUUCGAUAAAGAAACCGCCUUUAAUACCUCAGAAAACUCUAUUGUUGCUGUCGAGUUUGAUAGUUUUACAAAUGAAUGGGAUCCUCUCUUCCCUGAGAACUCACCUCAUAUUGGAAUUGACAUCAACACAAUUGAGUCUUCUCUCGCCGCUCUAUGGCCAAUUGAUAGACAACCGCAAGGAUCGAUAGGAAAGGCACAUAUAAGUUAUAAUUCUGCCUCAAAAGAACUAAGUGCAGCUGUAAGUUAUCCUAAUAGUCCUGUCAAUGUAGGUGUUGCUGUAUCAUGUCUGGUUGAUUUUGCGGAGGUUCUGUCAGACUGGGUCCUUGUUGGUUUCUCCGGAGCUACUGGUGAACUUGCAGAAACACAUGACAUUCUUUCUUGGUCUUUCACUGCGACCUUAUAG